GAUCUAUUUGAUUCCGAAAUCGUGGUUUUCUCUCUACUCAAAUUUCGAUUGCGACAGCUCCUGUUCUGGUUCUCCUCCUCGAUCGCUUCUCCCCGCCCUUCCCCACCAUCGAAACCGGCCAUUGUAGCCCUCCGGCCGGCAGAAUCCUCGUCUCCGGCCCCCUCCUCCUCCUCCAGGCGACGGCAGUGGCAAGUGCAUAUUUGUCAUUACUUCAGAGCUAUGGAAGGAGCGCGCAUUCAUCUGAAGGGAUGGCAGCAGGCAGCAGUUGCCGUUGGCUCAGCUCUCGGUGCCCUAAUGGAUCCUAGAAGAGCAGAUCUAAUAGCUGCUCUUGGAGAGACCACUGGAAAGCCAGCUUUUCAACGGGUGCUUGAGAGGAUGAAGAAUAGCCCUGAAGGCAGGGAAGUUCUGUUGGAGCGACCCCGUGUUAUAUCUGCAGAGGUUUCACAUGCAUGGGACAUGCCUGAGAACACAUUUGGUUGGGCGUAUGCAAGGUUCAUGGGAUCAAGGAACUUCUCUCCAGAUGACCGCCCGCCUGUUCGAUUCAUGGAUACAGAAGAACUGGCAUAUGUGGCUACACGUGCUCGUGAGGUGCAUGAUUUCUGGCAUGUUCUAUUUGGCCUGCCUACAAAUUUGCUUGGAGAGUCUGCCCUGAAGGUGGUGGAGUUUGAGCAGAUGCUUCUUCCCAUGUGUCUGCUGUCAGUUUUUGGAGGUUCGGCAAGGUUUAGUGAGAAGCAAAGGGCUCGCUUCUUCCAACAUUACUUCCCAUGGGCCAUGCAAGCUGGCCUGAGGUGCACAGAUCUUAUGUGUCUCUAUUAUGAGAAGCACUUUGAUGAAGACUUGGACAAUGUGCGAAAUAAGUGGGGGAUAAUCCCUUGUCCAGAUCCGAAACUGAAAAGCUGAGUUGUGUAUCGAAUUUUUCCGUUGAUUGUCCAUGACUUUCUUUUAUACCCAUUUAUUAUCCACUUGAUAGCCAAGGAAUUACUGCAAGCGGGACUGCUAUUUUAGCCAGAUGCUUGUUACAGUGGUACACAGAGAAAAUGUAGCAGCACUGUUGGUUUUCUUUUAUCAAGUUGUUAUUAGGAUGAAACAAAAAGUUGUUACUAUUGCCGGAUCAUGAUUUUCCAAAUAUUCCCAUUAUGAGAGGAUGAUUUCUGUAGCCUUGGGUU